AUGGCUUCGCUUCUGAAAAAUCUACGUCCCGGUGUGCCUUCAGUUCAUGAUGCUGGUGGUGAUUUCAGCUAUGAGUACUCUUUUGCUGAGGAAUACAAAGGCCCUCCUCUUGGCUACUCCGUCCCAGAAGUUCUUCCUUUCAACCUUGACCAAGUCCCGUUUGCGCCUGUUGCUCAUUCUCCUCCUCACAACUUGUCCCUCCCAGUUAUCCAACCCUUUAGAAAAACCAAUGCAGAAUUGGCUUCAAAAACUGCUUCUGUUUCUUCUGAUCCACUGUCUCGCGAACAAGAGGAUCAUGAUGAUGAUGACGACGACCCUUUAAACCCAAAACAUGUUAAACGGCCCUCCGUGGUGACUUUUCGUAAUCCUGAGACAAAUGAGAUAGUGGAGGAUGAAGAGAUUGUUGAACCUGCAGGUGGAGAAAGUAGUAGCAACAAUAGUAAACGUGUGAGGCCGCAUGCCGAGAGAGUUGGGAAGAAGGGUUCGUGCUAUCGAUGUCUUAAAGGGAGUCGUCUAACUGAGAGGGAGGUUUGCAUUGUUUGCAGUGCAAAGUUUUGUCGCAACUGUGUGCUUAGAGUAAUGGGGUCCAUGCCUGAAGGCAGAAAAUGUGUCACUUGCAUUGGUCACAGAAUUGAUGAGAACAAGCGAGGGAGGCUUGGAAAACCUUCUCGGAUGCUCAAGUACUUGUUGUCUAAGGGAGAAAUGAAACAAAUCAUGAAGGAUGAGAUGUUUUGUGAAACAAAUCAAAUACCAGCAGAAGAUGUUAUUGUGAAUGGAGAACCUCUUGACUGGGAUCAGCUCACGCUGCUUUUGACCUGUUCAAACCCCCCAAAAGGAUUGAAACCGGGUUUCUAUUGGUAUGAUAAAGCAUCUGGCUUUUGGGGAAAGGAAGGUCAACGACCUUGUCAAAUUAUUAGCCCACAGUUGGAAGUUGGGGGCCACUUGCAGAGAAAUGCAAGCAAUGGAAAGACAGAAGUAACUAUAAAUGGUCGAGAGAUUACCAAAGAAGAGCUAUGGAUACUGAAGUGGGCAAGAGUGCCAUGUGAUGGAACAACUGACUUUUGGGUGAGCCAUGAUGGAUCAUACAUGGAAGUGGGACAGAAGAAUGUGAAGGGGCAUAUAUGGGAGAAGCCUACAGUGAAGUUUGCUUCUCUAAUUCUAUCCCUGCCAGUUCCUUGUAGUUCCUUAACUCCUUCUGGCGAAGGAGAAAGUGGAAUUAGCAAACACAACAUUGAACAGAAAAUGCUUUACAAAUAUUUACUUGUCGGUUCUGUCAAUUCUGGAACAUGUACGAUAUAUAAACAGGCCAGGCUUCUGUAUAAUGUUCCUUUCUCUGAAACCGAGCUUCACAACAUCAAGCUGGUAAUUCAAAGAAACUUGUAUAGGUACCUUGGUAUCAUACUAGAGGCGCGAGAAAUUUUUGAGGAGAGUUUGUAUAAAAAAAGUAACGAACAACAUGUUGGUGAAUCAACUUCUUCUGGGACUACUGGAGAAAUUAUUGACACGACAACCUAUUCCAUUAGUCCAAGACUAAGAACUUUCUCCGAUUGGCUACUCCAAUACAUGAUGUCUGGCAACUUGGAUGAAAUAUUUCCAGCAGCUGCUCGUGAAUAUGCCCCACUGGUGGAGGAACUGUGGAGGGAUGCAGCCAUUCAGGCCACGUACAACAGGAGAAAUGAAAUAAAAAAUCUGCCACAAACUGCUAGCUAUUUUCUUGAGCGGUCUGUUGAAAUUUCCAGGAUAGAUUAUGAACCCUUGGACAUGGACAUCUUGUAUGCUGAAGGGAUAACCUUAUCCAAUGGACUUUCUUCCAUGGAAUUUUCAUUUCCUGUGUCAGCUCAUGAGGACUCAUUGGACCCUGUUUAUCGACAUGAUCCUUUACUCAGGUAUCAGCUCAUCAGAGUACAUCCAAAAAGCCUUGGAGAAAAGUGCAAGUGGUUAGACAUGUUUGAAGACACUGAUGUAGUCUUGUUCUCAGUGGCCUUGACUGACUAUGAUGAGUACACGGUAGACAGUAAAGGAGCUGUUACCAACAAAAUUUUAGCUGCCAGACAUCUCUUUCAAAAUAUCAUCACUCAUAGAGUCUUCAGCAACACGAAAUUUCUUCUCAUAUUGACCAAGUUUGAUCUGUUUGAGGAAAAGAUUGAACAGGUUCCUCUAACACAAUGUGAAUGGUUUUUGGACUUCGAUCCAGUUAUUAGCCACAAUCAUAAAACCGCCAGUAUUAGCAAACGUAGCAACCAUCCUCCACUGGCUCAACGUGCUUUUCAAUACAUUGGUAUGAAGUUCAAGAGCUGGUUCAAUUCUCUAACUGGUCGAAAGCUGUUUGUUUCACUGGUUUCUGGAUUGGAACCUUCUACUGUUGAUGAAGCUCUUAGAUAUGCCAGAGAGGUUAUGGUGUGGCAAAAAUGGGACCCCUCUUUGAGAAAUGAGAAGUCUGAGAUAACAUCCACAACUUUUGAGGCAAGCUCUGAAGAAAAAUAUAAUAACUAUAAUCAACCCUAGAAAAUUCUCUACUUUUUUCCUCACAUUUUGGAACCAGUCAAUAGUACUGGAUUAACAUUGUUGUCACCACCAUAUAAUAAGUAAUCUCUUCCAGAUAUGCUCUGUAAAUGUGACUUUAGAAUGACAAUUUCAUGUAUGAUAUAAUAAAUCAAAAUUACAUUCAUUCA